AUGAUGUCAGAUAAGCAGCUAGAAGAAUUAGGUGUCAAGGCAAUGGGCGACCGACUACGUAUUCGAGCAUUUUGUGAAAGAAAGUCGAAAACAACAGUCGAACAGAAGAAGCGACAAGACGCCGUUGACAAGCUGAAAAGCAUGCUUGGCCAUCAAAGGGCCUCCAAAAGGAGUCACGGGCGCGAAUCGUUCGAGAAAAAGGAAAAGAAAAUGGCCAAAACAGCUGUUAAAUUCCAAUUUGGUUGGAAGCACUGGUGUACAAGAACUGAAACAUUUAGACAAAAGAAAAAGGGAAGCGGAGGCGGAACCAGGGUUGUAGACAUACCUAAGGUUGCAAGUGCCGACGAGUGCUUGGGAAUAGCAAAAGAAUUAUUCUUUCCACUGGGUGUCAGUCCCGAAGGAUCGCAGGAUGAAAUGGAUUUGUCCCUUGGUGAUUUUAAUGGUUGUGGUGUUACUGACGUUAGGGUCGAUGGCGAGUUGCUCCCUUUUACUGCCGAGCGAUACAAGGCAGCGACCGGCUUUACCAAGCCUCGAUUGUACCUGUUGUCCAAAGAAAAGCUGCCAUACGACUCUGGCGAUGAAAAAGAUUUGCUUCGCGCUAUGAUACCUUCGCGUGAUGCUUCUGAGGGUGGAAAUGGCUCGUCGCAGCUCAUUGGCACAUCGAAAGAGAGAGAAGAGUAUCGUAAUAAGCUUGCUCUGGAAGUAGCCGCUUCACUUAAGCAAGACCAAGCGAAAGAUGCAAUUAACAAAGAGAUCGUUAGAGCACAAGAAGAAGGAGCCCAGUUAGAAAGGUUGCGGCGAUCACGUUCAAAAAGCGAGUCUUACCAGAGGCGGAAGAAGACGGAAGUUUUCUACUUGUUAGAGUCAGACACACCAGCCUUGGUAUAG